AAGGAAACCAGGCUCAACAAACUAGCGAGCCGAUGCUGAGGCUCUUUCUGAAAUUCCUUGAAAACUGAACGAAGUGUGAAGUGGUUCGUGUAACGUGUACAGCAGGUUUCUGUCGUUAAGCAGAACUGUGCACACUAAUGCUGACAAAUCAGGGGAGGCUGAUGCGCUGCCUGGAGCCGGCCUUUCGUGCGAGGCGAAGAUCAAUGCGCAGGUCUGAGUAAAUGUAAAUAAAGGUUGAAGCUGCCCACUUAAGGAAAGCAAUUGCACGGCCGGGCGUGCCACCCUGCCAGCAUGUCCUCCGACCAAAUCAUUGCGAUUUCCAUAGAAGAUAAGACGUACAAUGUCAGCAAAAGUAAGUUAAUUGAGAAAAGCGACUACUUCAGAGCUCUUUAUGAGUCUGGGAUGAAGGAAUCCGAAGAGGAUUCGGUUCAGUUGCAGGGUUUGAGUGUUCAUGGACUAGAGCUCGUAAUUGAAUUUAUCAACACCUCUAAAGUACACUUUGAUAACGACACCUUGGAAGAUUUGGUGGAAACAGCGUCUUUUCUGCAAGUGACUUCCAUAUUAAAGCUGCUGCUCUCAGAGCUGAAAUUGGACAAUUGUGUGGAGUUGUAUAAACUUUCUGAGAUUUAUGGAAUCGAUGAUCUAAUGAAUGCUUCCCUCAGGUUUAUGGCGUGGCACUACCACCCUAUGCUCAGGAGACAAGAAUUUAGGCAUCUGCCGAACACUUUGCGUCACCAGGUUAAGGAGAUGCGAUUUAAAGGCACGGCUGUGUUGGUGGCGGUUGGAGAUUUCUUCAGUACGUCCUUGGAUCUGGCUGCAGGUGAACCGUGGUCGAUGCUGAGAUACGAUGAAGUCGCCCAGAGAUGGCUUCCCCUUGCUAACACUCUCCCCCCUGACAUGGUGAACGUGAGGGGUUAUGGCUCGACCGUAAUGAAUAAUUACCUCUUUAUCGUGGGCGGAUACAGGAUGACCAGUCAGGAGAUUGCGGCAGCACAUUGUUACAAUCCCUGUAAAAACGAAUGGAAUCAGAUUUCGCCGAUGAAUCAAAAAAGAUCAAAUUUUAAGCUUCUGGCUGUAUGUGGGAAGUUGUAUGCUGUAGGUGGACACUCACUUAGCAAUGUGGAAUGCUACAAUCCUGAGAUGGAUUGGUGGAGCUUUGUAGCUUCAAUGCCAGAUACCCUUGUGGAGUUCUCAGCUUGUGAAUGCAAAGGAAUGAUCUAUGUAAUAGGUGGAUAUACGACACGGGAGAGAAAUAUGAACGUAUUGCGAUACUGUCCUACAUCGGAUGCCUGGACUGUCAUAGAAUCCUGUGAGGUUCAUAUUCGUAAACAACAAAUGGUUUCUGUGGAAGAUACUAUUUACCUUGUGGGUGGCUGCAUUCAUGAGAGAAGUGGAAGUAAAAAGGGAACUCGUACUGAAGACAUGCUCACUGUGCAGUCGUACAACGUGAGCAGUAGGGAAUGGCUCUACCUUAAGGAGAACACAUCAAAAUCUGGACUAAAUUUAACUACUACAUUGCACAAUGAUGGAAUCUAUAUCAUAAGCAGAGAUAUUACACUAUCAACCAGCCUUGAACAUCGUGUAUUCUUGAAAUACAAUAUAUUUUCAGAUAUGUGGGAAGCAUUCCGACGGUUUCCACCAUUUGGUCAGAACAUUUUGCUUUGCUCAUUGUAUUAUCCUAAUGGACUUUAACAGUGUGUUGUUUUUUGUGAAAAUGCAGUUGAUACUUGUGCAGGAAGAUCAAUAAAUGAUUAAAAAUGUUUCUUUUAUGCUGUUACUCUCAUGUAAAAGAGUUAGACUGAUUGCUGCUCUCAGGCAGUGAGUUUUUAAAAAAAAAACUAAGACAUUAGAAAUUGUUGCACAAACAAUAGCUGGCUGCUACACAGAAGGACCUCCUUAAGUAUAGUACUUGCAAACUAAGUCAAGCAUCAUUAAUAAAAGGCUAAUAAUGAUGGAUUGCUUUAGAUUGCAAAUACAUAAUGAAUCCUAUUUAUUGAUCUAAGGUACUGAUCUGCAUGCUUGCAGUACAGUGAUUAGUCUUGAUCUUUCAGGAAAUUGGCAAAGCUAUUUUCCAGUAAAGCAUGAUGUUAGACUUGUAAGUGAAACAAUAAUGUGCCUUUGAUGCGAUAUAUGUACACUAUAAUAGCAAUUCAUUUAAAAGGCUUUUGUGGCUACUCCACAAUGCAGCAGUUUCUAAUUUAAUUUAUAUAGACAGUUCACCAGCAUCCCAGCAGCUUUCUGAUUUGCAUAUCACUGUGGUUUUAAAUCUAAUUGAGUCUUUGAAAUGCAAAUUUCUGAACUCCAUCAAGUUUACAUUGAAAAAUGAAUCCAUUGCAAAGUCUUAAUUCAAUAUUUGUCUCUGUCUUUAUAUAAUUAAAUUAUUUUGUUGAACAUUUGUGUGACAAUAUUGAGCACGCAGGCAUGAAGUGGAUUUGAUGGGAUGACCGUUCUGUUAACAAUGAGUCUUUGGCAGACUAAUAAAUUAUUAAUUUGUACUGUUAUAAGUCUCUAAUAUAUUAAAA